UCUUUCUUAACAUGCAAUUUUCUUUCUCUAAUUUCAGAUUAAUGCAAAAUAGACCACCACUCAAUUUGAAACAAUUUAUGAGCAUAUACAAUAUCGUACAAAUCACAUCAUGUUUGUACCUAGUAAAUGGUAUAUGGAGUCUAUUAUCCUGGGAUUUAUUCAAUUUCAAUAAAUGUAUAUACUACAAGGCAAACACACCGGGACGUGAAUUAUUUGAUAAAUUAACAUAUUUUACAUUUUGGUUAAAAAUAGUAGAAUUAUUAGAUACAAUUAUAUUUGUAUUGAGAAAGAAAGAAAAUCAAAUAACAUAUUUACAUGUAUUUCAUCAUUCAUCAACUAUUACUUUAGUAUAUAUGCUUUUGAAAUAUUAUAGAGGCAAUGGCCCCUUAUUUCCCAUCUAUUUGAACAGUUGGGUUCAUGUCAUCAUGUAUACGUAUUACUUCUUCGCCAAUAUUUGCAGUGCUGAUGUUAUGAAGAAAUUUAUUCUGAUUAAAAAAUCCAUAACCAUCAUACAAAUGAUACAGUUCUGUUUGAUAUUGUCUCAGGCGGCUAUUAUGUGGACAAAUUGUCAAAUUCCUUUCAUGUUGAGAGUAUAUUAUUGUAUUGUUGUAAGUGUUAUAUUUUAUGGUUUUUAUGACUUUUACAAGAAGGCCUACUUACAACCAAGUGUAAACAAAUUAAAAAAUAAAAUAAAGUAAUUUUUUGCAUUA